UUUUUCUUUUCUUGUUCAUUUCUAUUAAUCACCUUUUUUCAAUCUUUGCCAAGUUGCUAAUUCGUGUCGAUUUUUGAAGGCUCCUAACUAGAUAAAGAGGAAGUGACAGAGUGAAAAUUGAUGGUAUGAAUGAAAAAUCCCCACCAUCACAGAAAAAGAAGUAGCAAAAGCAAUUGAUGACAGAUUGUGGUCUAAGACAAUGCAGAGCAUAGAGACACACACAGUUCUUCAGUAGUGAUUUUUUGGUGUGAAUGGCAGGGGAUUGUACUUGUCUUCUCUUGGUCCAUCACAUGGCUUGCAUGCGGCUUGUUAUGAUGGGGAAUUGGGCCUUAUUCUAGUUGUAACAAAUCAGAGCAAAGUGAGAAAACCAACUUUUUGUUUUACUACUUGCCCUUUUAGUAGUGGUGUUUCAGAAUGGAGGCCACAGAGAUUUAGUAUAAGAUUACCGAUUUCAAUCUGUCUGAGACUACAAUAAUUUUUCUUUUCCUAUUGAUUUCUGUUGUGAUAUGGAUAGAGAGAAAGAGGCAUAUUUGUUGAGUAAAUCGGACAACCUUUUGCAGCGAUUUAUGGUGGUUUCUGCAUAAUAUUUUACUCCAAUAGGUUGAGACAUUGAUUAACAUUACUUUUUGGGAUCGAGAAUUAGUUUUGCUAAAAGGGGAGUUAUGCUGAGAAAUAGAUCAAGAGCAGUGACCAGCAAGCAAGCUUUAAUGGCUGAUCACAGCUCUCAACCAUCUCCAGCCCAAAACUACACAAAACCCAUUCAAUCUUUCUUUGGUUCUCCAAGGUUCAGAGCUUUUACAAUGAAGGGUUUCCCUGAAACUGGUGUUCUGAUGAGUCCCACUUCAAUCCUUGACAACAAACCCAUUUCUCCCUUUGGGAACUCCUUUUCAUAUAGCAAAAGCCAAUCCAUAUCUCCCAAGUUUCUCCAAGAAAACAAACAGUCAUGGACCAAAGCAGGGACAAAAGGCAUUGGUCUCGCUCUAAUUGACCCGUUGAAUGAUGAAACAAUUCAAAAUUGUUCUACUAAAUCCGGUAGUGGGAAGGUUCUGUUUGGAACCAAGCUUAGAGUUCAAAUCCCAACUUUGCAAACCUCUACACUUUAUCCAAUUGAAUCUCCAAAAUCUCCAGCUGAUUUCGGAACCAAGACCCGGUAUUCACAUAUAUCUGCAAUUGGGUCUCCCAAUUCGAGCUCCCAAACAAAGGAUUCUCCUGGAGUUUUGACAACUUGUAUCUCAAUGAGCGAUAUGGAGCAUUCUGAGGAAUACACAUGCGUUAUAUCUCAUGGACCAAACCCAAGAACAACUCGCAUAUUUGAUAAUUGUAUUGUAGAGAGCUUCUAUUCAUUAUCGGAUAAGUCCAACUCUGUCUCUCAGAACUUCCUCAGCUUCUGCUACACUUGCAAGAAGAAUCUUGAGCAGGAAAAUGACAUUUACAUUUACAGAGGUGAAAAAGCCUUUUGUAGCCACGAAUGUCGCCACCAAGAAAUGCUCUUAGAUGGAGUUGGGAAUACAGAAUUUGAUGAUGCCCAUAGGAAUUGUUCUUGAAAUCUCUCUUUUUUGUGGCCUACUCUUUUUCUUUUAGAGCUGUCAAAAAGUAAUAUCGAAUUCACCAUUCUUGAUUGUAAGCAUUUGAGGAUGAUUGAUUUUAGGGAGUAAAAAAAAAAGUUAGCGCAGUAUGGCCUCCUAUAUUUUAUUUUUUUUUUUUUUUCAUUUAAAUUUUUGUACUUUUUCUAUGCUCUUGACCCUCUCUCCCCUGCAGAUAGAGAUAAAGGAGAGGAUGAGAUAUUUGUAGAAAAUGGUUUUCUUUAUCAAGUACUGACUUUGAUUGCUUC